UUCGCUUCGCUUUCUCUUCGCUUCCCCUUGCCGCGGGAGGCGGAGAGGGAAGGAGAAGCUCCGUUUCGGGGGCGCUGUCCGCCGCUGGCCAGGGGCGGGGGCUCUGCCCACCGGGCGGGACUUGCGGGGAACUGGAAAGUGAAACUUUGGGGGGAAUUGGAAAGGGAAGUGCUGGUGGGUGUCGGGGCAGAAGCGGCGGCUCCCGGGCUGCGCGGGCAGCGCAGCGCAGCAUCGCCCGUGUUCGGCCGCAGGAGCGCCGCGGUGCCCAGCGCGCAGCGCUGCCUUCCCCCGGAGAGCUGGAGCAGACCCCGAGCAGUCCCCGGCCGGGCCAUGGAGGGCGCUGGGCAGGAGCCCCCCGCCCUACAGUUCCGAGGUGGAGCGAGAGGGCAUGUGCUUCGUUUGGACACUGGCUUUCUAGGAAAAGGCAGAAACAGAACAAAUAAUGUACCAGGCCAGGCGCCUAAGUUAGGGGAAAACCUCCAAGACAGUAAUUAUACCCUUUCACGUGGGCAAAGAGAAGAGGGGUUUGGUGGUUGGAUUUCAAAGGUUCCUCAAUCUGGUAAGAAUGAACCAAGAAUCCAAGGUGAACAGGCCAACAGUGAAGCCACAGGAUUCUGGACAAAACAGGAGAAUGAGGGAAGGAGAAUGAGGGAUCAAGGUGGACAAACACAUGAGAGGGGCAGAGGACCCUGGAAUGAGCACGAAAAUGCAUUUAGAGGAAGAAGGUGUCAGCUUGGACAAGCCCGUGAGAGGACCAGAGGACCCUGGAAUGAGCAAGAAAGUAGAGGCAGGGGAAGGAGGUAUCAAGGUGGACAAGCUCAGGGAGGAGCUAGAGGGAGAGGGCUGAGGAGUGGGUGGGAAAACGAAGGUAACACAUGGAGGACGCAACCUCAGGAGAAUCCUCAUUUCCACCAGAAUGCUACCCCAGGUGGUGGCCACCACAGUGAGCAGCCUCGGCAAGCCAGAAGGAUUGGCUAUAAAUUCCUUGAAAGUCUCCUCGAGAAAGACCUCUCAGAAGUUGUCAGCACACUUGCUUCCAGUUCAGGGUUGAAGGAACUUCUUUCCCAAACAACCAUGAACCGCAAUUUUGUUCAACUCAUUUGCCGGGUGCUUCAGAAAGUGUGCAGUUGCCAAACAGAUAGACAGCGUGUCCAACACAUUCUUGGAGUUGUGAAGGAGUCCAACUUUCUCAAGGUCUGUCUGCCACAGUAUGUGUCUGACAUGAUAACAGAAGUAGUUCCUGCUGUACGCCAUGAGUACCCUGAGCAUAUCAACAACAUCAUUUUACUUCUUCAGCACCUGAUAAGUACUUUCCCAGCCAGCUCUGUGCAGAAAGUCUCCAUUCUCUUGACAGUCUUGCCAGCAUCCAUAGAUGCCCUGAGAACUUUUGGUGUGGACAUCAUGGAAGAGACAGAGAAGAAUCUCAAUCAAGUCCAGAUGCUCAUGCAGCAUCUGCAGGAGAAGAGACGUGAAGGCACACUGAGAGCUGAUAAGUGCACAUUUAUGCAGCCUCAAGAUGGGCAAGCAAAAAACUAUCGUUUCAUGAGCAUUUAUCCAACAUAUGAUGAGAUACAUGGUAAUGAGAAACCUUUUCUACGUCCCAAUUUUGUUUUUGGAAAAUAUGAAAGCACCAGUAUUUAUCUUGACACCCACUUCCGACUUUUGAGAGAAGACUUUGUAAGGCCUUUAAGGGAAGGUAUCAUGGAAGUUUUGCAGAACCUCCAGGACAGGAAUUUAAGAAAGAAAAAAUUUGAUGAUAUCAGGAUCUACUUUGAUGCACGGAUUAUUGCCCCAUCUUGUACCCCAGAUGGCAUUGCUUACAAGGUCCAGUUUGACACAAAACCACUGAGGUUUGUACAGUGGCAGAAUUCUAAACGAUUGCUGUAUGGAUCCCUAGUCUGCAUGUCCCAAGAUCACUUUGAAACAUUCCUUUUUGCCACUGUUUCUAAUCGUAAUGCUGCAGAACUUGUCAAUGGGAUUGUGGAGCUGUGUUUUGAUGCAGAGACCCAGCCACUGCUGGGAGAGUUUGAACCCUCAGACUCUUUCCUCAUGGUAGAGACAACUGCCUAUUUUGAGGCCUAUCGGCAUGUGUUAGAAGGGUUGCAGAAAAUGCGGGAAGAAGAUGUCCCAUUCCAGAAGUACAUUGUGGAAUGUGAUGCACAGGUGAAGGAGCCAGCAUACCUGACACGGGGUACUGUCUACAACCUUGCACCUUUGACGAAGACUUCACGUAAAGAGAAGUGCCCUGAUAGCUUGAAAAGUGUCAACAUUCUAGAUCCCAGUCAAUGGCUUUCAAUGGAAGCUUUGCAAUUAGAUGAAUCUCAGAUGCAGGCAUUGAAUCUUGCACUCACCAAGGAGCUGGCUAUCAUCCAAGGACCUCCUGGCACUGGGAAGACAUACGUGGGUUUGAAGAUUGUUCAGGCUCUCUUGACUAAUGAUCAUGUGUGGCAAACCGCUUACCGGAGGCGUCCCAUCCUUAUAGUCUGCUACACCAACCAUGCCCUGGAUCAGUUCUUAGAAGGAAUAGUCUCAUUUGCAUCAGAUGGAAUAGUGCGUAUUGGGGGCAGGAGUAGCAGUGCAGCCCUGCACAGAUUCACCUUGAAGGAGCUGAGGAAGCAUACCAACAGAUUUGACUUCUCAGACUAUGACUUCAGAGACUAUGAAUAUACAAUUCAUCAGAUGAAAAAGGCUGAGGAGGGUCUCCUUGAAGGAGCGAAGCGGUUGGAGUGCACGGCCUACGGAGUUCUGCAUGAGCGCUACUUGAAACCACACAUGGCCCCCCGGCACUGGGACAGCCUGAGAAGGGCUGUGGCGGACACUGACUUUAACUACUUUCGUUCACAACGCUCACUGAUUCUGGAGUGGCUGGGACUUGGUGUAUCUGCCUUCACCCAGAAUGCUGCAGAGAAUACAUGGGCUGAAAAUCCAGGUGGUCAGCAGGAAGGAGAGGAGGACAGUGAAGAUGUAGCAGAAGAGGAGCUUUUGGAGAUCCCAGAGAUGGCUGACCUGAUUGAAGCUGAGAGAGUGAUUGAGGAUGAAAGAAUAGCAAACUAUUGGAGGAGGGAGAAGGAAGAUGACAGUGUUCAUGAUCUAGCCCGUGCCAUGUUGGCUAUGAAGCUGGAUCAAGAAGAAGGAACAGCUCAACCAUGGCAGGAGAACAUGCAGUGGGAGGUAACUCGUGGCCAGAGGAGAAAAAUUAUGCAGAAGAUGAAGGUUGAGCUCCGUAAAGUGAACGCAAUGACAGAGUUAGAGGCCAAUGCUGUUCGGGAUGUGUGGCAACUUGACCUGAACUCCCGCUGGAGGCUUUACAGGCUUUGGCUGCAGACUUACCAGGGUUUUAUUCGAGAGGACAUUCGGGAUCAUGAAGAGCAGUAUCAGGAAGCAGCCAGAAAACUGAAAGAACUGAAGCUGGAGCAAGAUCUCUGCAUUCUCAGUAGCGCCAGAAUUGUGGGGAUGACAACUACAGGUGCUGCAAAAUACCGACGGAUCUUGCAGUACAUAGAGCCACGAAUUGUCAUUGUAGAAGAGGCAGCAGAGGUGCUUGAGGCUCACACCAUUACUACUCUGAGUAGUGAAUGCCAGCACCUCAUCCUCAUUGGAGAUCAUCAGCAGCUGCAGCCUAGUGCAAAUGUUUAUGACCUCGCCAAGAACUUCAACCUUGAAGUCUCUCUCUUUGAACGUCUGAUCAAAGUGGAUUUCCCCUUUGUCUGUCUGAAAUACCAACACCGCAUGCGCCCUGAAAUUGCCCAGCUUAUCAGUCCUCAUAUAUACCAGAAGCUGGAGAACCAUCCCUCUGUCCUGGAAUAUGAGAAUAUAAAAGGUGUCUCAACUAAUAUCUUCUUUGUGGAACAUGAGGUUCCUGAACAAGAGAUCCAGGAAGGGAAAAGCCACCAGAACCCACACGAGGCCCGCUUUGUAGUGGAACUGUGCAAAUAUUUCUUGUGUCAGGGCUAUGAACCUUCUCAGAUCACCAUUCUCACUACUUACACUGGACAGCUCUUCUGUCUGCGUAAGCUCAUGCCAGCAAAGACCUUUGAAGGUGUGAAGGUUCAUGUGGUAGAUAAGUACCAGGGAGAGGAGAAUGAUAUUAUUCUGCUGUCAUUGGUGCGAAGCAACAAAGAGGGGAGACCCGGGUUCUUGCAAAUCCCUAAUCGGAUAUGUGUGGCAUUAUCCAGAGCUAAGAAAGGCCUCUAUUGUAUUGGAAACAUGAGAAUGCUUGGCAAGGUUCCUCUCUGGAACAAGAUCAUUGAAACCCUUGGGAAGAACGGUCACAUUGGCCAGUCAUUGGAGCUUUGCUGUCAAAACCACCCUGGAACCAAGACAAAGGUAUCUACAGGUGAAGACUUCAACAGCGUCCCAGAGGGAGGCUGUACUCGUCCCUGUGAGUUUAGGUUGAGUUGUGGACAUGUUUGCAUGAGGGCAUGUCACCCAUAUGACCCAGAGCACAAAAAGUACCAGUGCCUGAAGCCUUGUCAAAAGGUACUUUGUGCAGAUGGGCACCACUGUCCAAAAUCAUGUUAUGAGCCCUGUGGAAAAUGUAUGGUGAAGGUAGAGAAAACAAUUUCUAAAUGUGGCCACAUACAGAUGGUGCCAUGCCAUAUUCCACAACGGCAAUUUGAGUGCCUAGAGCCUUGCCAGAAGAAGUUAAACUGUGGACACAAAUGCAGGCGUUCCUGUGGGCAGCAAUGCACAAUGAAGUGUCCUGAACAGGUUACAGCCACACUGAAAUGUGGCCAUGAGCAGAAAGUUUUGUGCUGGAUGACUGAGAUGGGACAUGAGGAGGCCGUGAAAUGUGAGACAAAGUGUUCUGUCACACUGGCAUGUGGUCAUGUAUGUUCAGGUUCCUGUCAUGCUUGCUUUGGAGGCAGAUUUCAUAAGGCAUGUGACAGCCCAUGCAAGCGUGUCUUGAUCUGUUCCCACAAGUGUCAAGAGCCUUGUACUACAGAAUGUCCUCCAUGUCAGAAGGAAUGUCAGAACUAUUGUAUUCACAGUAAGUGCAAAAAGAAAUGUUGGGAAAGCUGUGUUCCUUGUGCAGAGCCAUGUGAGUGGCAGUGCCAGCACUACCAGUGUACCAACCUUUGCUCUGAGCCGUGCAACAGGCCUCGCUGCAAUGUUCCCUGUGCUAAGAUGCUGCCCUGUGGUCAUCCCUGUGUUGGAUUGUGUGGAGAGCCCUGCCCAAAGAAGUGCCUUGUUUGUGACCACGAGGAGCUCACUCAGAUCUUUUUUGGCUUUGAGGAUGACCCAGAUGCUCGAUUUGUACAGCUUGAAGACUGUGGCCAUGUCUUUGAGUCGCAGGGUCUUGACCACUAUAUGGAUGAAGAUGAUGAUGUCGUCAAGCUGAAGGUAUGCCCUAUGUGUCAGACACCCAUCAGAAAGAAUCUGAGAUAUGGCAGCAGUGUGAAAAGGCAGGUGGAGGAGAUAGAACGAGUGAAACAGAAAAUCCAAGGCCCAGCAGAGGAAAUUGAGUCUAACAGAAAGAGACUGAAGGCUGCACUGGCACAGAAUAUUUAUCUGAAGCAUAAUCUAUCCUCUAAGUAUGCCAUGCUGGAAGAGAAACUAAAAGCUUCUCCUCUCUCCACAAAGAGUAUUGGACUAAUUGAGAACCUGCUUAAUUUCUACAAACGUGUAGGAGACCUAACUAAUUCUCUGAACAAAAUUGCUGAGAACGAAAAGAAGGGGCUGGUAAAGAGGCUGGAUGAGGUGCAGAAGUGGUUGGACAAGCAACGCAUCAGUUUUACAGGACAGGAGCUCGCUGACCUGCAGUCUGAGAUCCAGAGACUGACUUACUUGCUGAGCCUCUUGGUAAGGUGCAAAGCAAGUAGGAUGAUAUCCACAGACAUCGCAGCAGAGAUUAACAGUGCACGUGAGAUCCUGGAAGGGACGAGGAAAUUCACAGAGGAGGAUGAGGCUGCAGUGAAGGCUCACCUGAAGAAGAUCAAUGUUAGCUUACCCGUGUCAGGGCUGGGGAUUUCUGAAGCUGAACGGGUGCAGAUUGUCACUGCUAUUGGCUGUCCCCGUGGCCACUGGUUCAAGUGCAAAAAUGGGCAUAUCUAUGUAAUUGGGGAGUGUGGGGGGGCAAUGCAGAAGAGUACGUGCCCUGAGUGCCAUGAGGUCAUCGGUGGCACCAACCACGCUCUGGACAGCAGCAACAGCCUGGCCCCGGAGAUGGACGGGGCAACCCACGCGGCCUGGUCCGAUGUGGCCAACAACAUGCUCAACUUCGAGGACCUCCGCCGGCUGAUGUAGAGGGCGUGAGCCUCGCUUUUUAUCACAGACACGCUCGCAGGGGCACAGCCCCGCUGCUUUCCCUGUUUGCUUGUUCAUUAAUAAACUUGUGUGUGUCGCUGCCAA